UAAAUAAUUAAAAUUUAUACACACUAGAAAGAGAGAGAAAGAGAACAGUGGUGAAAUCAUGGCGAGAUAGAGUAUGAUCCUUCAUGUAAAAAUAGAUGCGAGAUAUAUUUUCUUGAUUGGUUGCACAGUUUACGGAAUAUGAUUUUGAAGAGUAGCGUCUAUGGCGAGUUGAGUAUAUGGCUUGUCGACUUGUGUAGCUAUCAAAAUAUGUUUACAUUCUCAUAUUAGACAUUUUCUUCAGUUUUAAAGUUUGUAUAUAAGAGACGCUACAUAUUUAUUAUUGUAACGAGCUGUUAUUGUUGUUUCUAUUGGUUUAGUUCUCACUGAUCUUUUAAAAUGAUCACACGUAGUUGUUAACUCGUGACUUAUUUUCUGGAAAAUAAUUUGGAUACAGACUUAGAUGUCUUUGAUUUAACUGCUCGUACAUAUAAACCUAAAUCCUUUAAAAUGAGUGUUAAAUCAAACUUGAGUUUUGAAGUUGUUUCAAUUAAGACUGAAGGAUCAAAGAUGAAAAUCCAAUUGGCUGAACCGAUUAAAGUCAAACCAGAUAAAAUUGAAACGAUUAAAGUGGAUAUGGCUGAACCGAAUAAGAUGGAAAUGGCUGAACCAAAUAUAGAUACAAAAGAUGUAUUUAUGGGUACAAAAGAUGUGCCUAUGGAAGAAACUGAAUUAAAAACAAAAGGAAAUAAAACUGUACCAACUAAGAUCAUAAGGACCAAAUCAAAUACUCUUGAAAGAAAAGUUGUGCACAAGUCUGAAAUGGUAUCAAUAAAUGAACAAGAGGGUUUUGAUGAUGCUGUGGAGGAGCGUAUUAUCAACGAAGAGUACAAAAUAUGGAAGAAAAACACACCAUUUCUAUAUGAUCUUGUGAUGACACAUGCCCUGGAAUGGCCUUCUUUGACGGCUCAGUGGUUGCCAGAUGUCACCAGACCAGAGGGAAAAGAUUACUCGAUCCACAGGUUAAUCCUGGGCACUCAUACUUCGGACGAACAAAAUCAUUUGCUCAUCGCUAGUGUGCAGCUGCCAAAUGAAGACGCGCAAUUCGAUGCUUCCCAUUAUGAUAACGAAAAAGGUGAAUUCGGCGGAUUUGGUUCUGUGAGUGGUAAAAUCGAAAUCGAAAUCAAGAUCAACCAUGAGGGUGAGGUCAAUAGAGCGCGUUUUAUGCCACAAAAUCCGUGCGUGAUCGCGACGAAGACUCCUUCGAGCGAUGUGCUCGUAUUUGAUUAUACCAAACAUCCUAGUAAACCAGACCCCAACGGGGAAUGUCAUCCGGACUUGAGACUGCGAGGACAUCAAAAGGAAGGCUACGGUCUCUCAUGGAAUCCAAAUCUCAAUGGAUAUUUACUUAGCGCGUCCGAUGAUCACACAAUUUGUUUGUGGGACAUUAAUGCCACACCGAAGGAGAAUCGUGUUAUCGAUGCAAAAACUAUUUUUACAGGACAUACAGCCGUGGUCGAGGACGUCGCUUGGCAUUUGCUCCAUGAAUCACUGUUUGGUUCAGUCGCUGAUGAUCAAAAGCUCAUGAUUUGGGAUACUAGAUGUAACAAUACUAGUAAACCAAGUCAUACUGUUGAUGCUCACACUGCUGAGGUGAACUGUCUGAGUUUCAACCCAUAUUCCGAAUUCAUCCUGGCCACUGGUAGCGCGGAUAAAACUGUGGCGCUUUGGGAUUUGCGAAAUCUUAAGUUGAAGUUGCACUCAUUUGAAUCGCACAAGGAUGAGAUUUUCCAGGUCCAGUGGUCUCCACAUAACGAGACAAUAUUGGCAAGCAGCGGCACAGACAGACGGUUACAUGUCUGGGAUCUUAGCAAGAUCGGUGAAGAACAGUCCAGCGAGGAUGCCGAGGAUGGUCCACCUGAACUUUUGUUUAUACAUGGAGGUCAUACCGCAAAAAUCAGUGACUUUUCGUGGAACCCGAAUGAACCGUGGGUCAUAUGUUCUGUAUCGGAGGAUAACAUAAUGCAAGUGUGGCAGAUGGCAGAGAAUAUUUACAACGAUGAGGAACCCGAGACACCCGGGAGUGAGAUUGAAACUGGCGGCUCAUAACGCGAAAUAUAAUUCUUUGAAUUGUUUUGUGAGCUACCGCCUCCCCCUCCCCCCCUUGACUGAGAAUUAUAAGCGCAACCCUAGUUGCGCCACAUUGUUAAACCUCUUGGUGUACGAGCUCAAAGAUUACUUUUCACCGAAAAACAAUAAUUCUUACUUUUAAUCACGUUCGCGUAAAUUACACAAAAAAUGUAAAUAUGAAAAAAAAGAUUCCAUUACCGUAUUUUCGGCGAAUGCAUUGCGUAUCUGAACAUAUGUCAUUUUAUUGGAUUUGACUAAACACGUAUUUUUCCAAAAUUUUGAAAGAAAUUAAGAGAAAGACUAGAAAUGAGAUAUUAUUGUUUUACGGUGACAAAAUUGGCUAUGUUAACAAUGAAGAAAGUAAACUAGCUGGCUGUAACGAAAUAACUGCUAGUUACACUCGUUAUGAGCCAUUCUUCAUACGAAGGCACUAUUUCUCUGUCAGUGGAAGAGAGCUCAAGUGAAACUAGGGGAUGCCAAGAACUUUUUCUACUUCGUUUUAAGCGUGAAUAAAGAAAUGAUGUAAACUC